AUGACAAGUGAUGGCGAAGGUGAAGCUGAUGAGUCCGCCAUUGAGACUGACGAUGCCGCCGCUGACGACCUCAACCUGGGACCAACCAGGUUGGAGUCGAAGGAGAAACCCGGCAAGGAUCGCGGACAAGGGGGCAAGUCCAAGGGGAAGUCCAAGGAGAAAUCCAAGGACAAGAGUCGCAAGCCGGACCGGGAGUGUGUGGUGAUGUGA